AUGCCAGGCUUCCCAGCUUCGUGCCAUACCCAUGAGUUGUCCUGCCACGAAUCCCGCUCCUCCUGCCACGACUCAGGACCCUCCUGCCAUUACACCAUCCAGAGGCAGCCUGUGCAGAAGUACACCUAUGUGACGCCCUGCUGCCCCCCUGUGCAAACUUAUUGCCCCCCUGUGCAGCGCUAUUGCCCCCCUGUGCCCCCCUGCUGCCCCCCUGUGCAGCGUUAUUGCCCCCCUGUGCCCCCCUGCUGCCCCCAGUACACCAAGAACAUCUGCAAGCUGCCGCCGACGUGCCCCAAGUACUAG